AUGCUGCCUUCAAAUAUCGGGAUCAAGGGUAUCGAAGUUUAUAUUCCAACUGAAUGUGUCAACCAAGCAGACUUGGAAACCUUUGACGGAAUUCCAGCUGGUAAAUAUACUAUUGGUUUGGGACAAACCAACAUGGCCUUUGUCGGUGACAGAGAAGAUAUCUAUUCCAUGACUUUAACAGCUGUAAGUCGUUUGAUCCAAAACUACAACAUUGACACUGACAAUAUUGGUCGUUUAGAAGUGGGUACAGAAACCUUGUUGGAUAAGUCCAAGUCAGUCAAGUCCGUUCUUAUGCAAUUAUUCGGAGACAACAACGACAUUGAAGGUAUUGACACCAUCAAUGCUUGUUACGGUGGUACUUCUGCUAUCAUCAACGCAGUCAACUGGAUUGAAUCCAGCUCAUGGGAUGGUAGGGAUGCAAUUGUUGUAAGUGGUGACAUUGCUAUUUACUCCAAAGGUGCAGCUAGACCAACCGGUGGUGCUGGUUCCGUCGCUCUUUUAAUCGGACCAGAUGCUCCAAUUGUAUUUGAAUCUACUAGAGGUUCAUACAUGGAACACGCUUAUGAUUUCUACAAGCCAGACUUCACUUCAGAAUACCCCGUUGUCGAUGGUCACUUUUCAUUGGCUUGUUACGUUAAGGCAUUGGAUCACUGUUACAAGAACUACUCCAAGAAGGUAACUAAAAAGACAGAUGGCUCGACCGUUGGAGUCUAUGACCACUUUGACUAUAAUGCAUUCCACGUUCCUACUUGUAAAUUAGUUACCAAGUCAUAUGCUAGAUUACUUUACAAUGAUUUCAAGUCCAACCCAAGUGCCUUUGCUGAUUCAAUCGAUGAAGAAACUUCCAAGACCUUGCAAUCGCUUACCUACGAAGAAUCUUUAGUCGACAGAAACUUAGAAAAACUCUUCGUUGGUCUUGCCAAAGAACAAACUAAAAUCAGAGUUUCUCCAGCUUUGCAAGUUCCUACAAACACCGGUAACAUGUACACAGCAUCUGCAUGGGCUUCAUUCUCAUCUCUCUUAUAUUACGUUGGUUCUGAAAAAUUACAAGGUAAGAGGGUUGGUAUUUUCUCUUAUGGUUCUGGUUUAGCAUCUACCAUGCUCUCAGUAGUCAUUAAGGGUGACAUUUCAAACAUCACUAAAGUAUUAAACUUCGAACAUCAAUUAGGUGAAGGUAGAAGUACCAGAACACCAGAAGAAUACUUGAAGGCCAUCGAAUCCAGAGAAAAGGCUCACUUACAAAAGUCUUUCAAGCCUGAAGGUUCAAUUGACCAUCUUGCAACUGGUACCUACUAUUUAACAGAAAUUGAUGAUAAGUAUAGAAGAAAAUACGCUAAGAAGGAUUAG